AAUUUCGAAAAAUUGAAAAAGUUAAGUACCGUACUUACCAAGAGAAAAGAAAAGUACUUUCAUAUAAAAUUUUAGACACUCAUUAAUCUCCCAUCCUAAAUAAAUAUGAUCGAGAACUUAUGACUCAAGUUUCCUUGAAGUACUUAUCCCAUUUCAAAAUCAAUAUUAAAAAUCCUAUUUAUCCCAGAUAAAUAAUGGCAACAGAUUUAAACGAAAGUUUUAUAGCUAAAUAUGAAAGUGUAAAUACAAAACUGAAAAAGCGCUUCUUGCGUAAGCCGAAUGUUUCUGAGGCUACGAACGAGUUUGUCGCCCUCGCUAUCGAAUGCGAACACUCCGAGCAGCCAGCAUUUGCAGGGCAGAUCUACAUAGGGGCAGCAAAAUGUGAGGCAUCCGCUGGGAAUGAACUCAGUGAAGCAGAACAUUACCUAUCUGCUGCUAGACAGUUUAUAAAAGCUGAAAAGAAACUGUUUGCAUUGAAGUUUGACAGUCCCGAUAGAGAGAAUUUGGAGGCUGCUAUCUGCUGUUAUAUGAAAACACUAAACAAAUACCCAGAGAAGUCACCAUUAAGAGCAUCAGUUCUUCUAGAGCUGGCCAACAAUUUGGUUGAUUUGAAUCACAGACAAGAAGCAAUUGUAUAUUAUGAACAAGCUUUGAAUAAUAUUACUGACAAGACUACGAGACUAAUGUGUUUGAGAGAUUUGAUGAAUAUACAAAUUGACUGUGAUAAAUAUGAUGCAGCAUUAGAGACAACAAACAGCAUACAUGAUGGUGAUUUUCACAUACCAGAAGGAAUUUUAUCAGAAUUGCAAGUGACGAGAGUUUUGCUGGGGCUGAUUGUGGAACCUGAAGAGGAUGGAAAACCCGAGUCUCUGAGGAAGCUGUAUGAUGAUAUACUGAAUGAUGAGGACAAUGAUAGUUUACCAUUCAACCCAGAUCUAAAACUCAAGCUACAGUCCAUUAUCAUUUCCUGUGGGAUCUCAGAUAAGCAAUCUUUAGUGAACAUUUUUGUAGACACGAAACAACACUUGACAACACAACAGAUUCAUCUGAUGGAAGCAUUGAUACAGAGCAAAGAAUAAUUUUAGUAGCCUAAAAUUACACUAAAGAAUAUAAUUCAUGUUAACUAUAUUGUAAUGAUUAUUUGGAGGUGGAUUUUUGCGAUGAGGCCCGGCACGCUGAGCCCCGGCACGGCCUGUCUCAAUGGACUCACUCCUUUAAUGUGCAUUGUUCUUUGAGGAAAUUAUAUUAUGAUAAAACCUUACCUAAUUAUUUUUGGACCAUGUCCUACUGCUAAAUAAAGAGUUUUUUUCACAAGUAACAAUCCUAGUUUGCUAUUUAUUGUUUUUAAGUUGAAAAUAUUUAUUAAUAAGUCAAUCAAUCAAUCAAUCAAUCAUUUAUUUGCAUUAAAAAUGGUACAUUAGAUGUUCACAUAAGUAAGUACAUAAGUGAGUCUAAACUCUAAAGUAAGAUUUUAUUAAAUUACUAUCCUGCCCUGGGCUGGCAGCCAUGUAUGGCAAAAGCCCUUAAAGUAUUAUUUUUUUAAAUAAAGAUAUUUAAAAAAAUAAUACUAUCCUGUUUGGAUUAAGGUUUUGCAAUAAAACAAAAAAAUGUCUCUUUAUAUUUUAAUAUAAAAAGAUUCCUGUU